AUGUACGCCCAAGUGUGCGUACUCCUCCUGGCCGUUGGCUUCAGCCAGGCCUUUAUGUCCGAGCCCGUGGUUCUACCGCAGGAGCAUUUAAUGCGGCUCGUGCUGCAGACGCGUGAUGUCGGAACCGACGCUUCCCACGCUCUCGAGUGCCUUGCCUACUAUAUGGCGGAGAUGAACGCGGUCGGAGAGAAAUUUGAUACGGAAACAAAGGAGUGCAUCAGCGCGGCGCAGCUCAAGGUGGAAGCCAUCAACGAUGACACCCAGCCCAACCGUACCGCCAUCGACAAUUCCGCCGAGAGCUCUUGUCAAGCCCUCAAGGAGUGCACCUCUAUUGAUGUCGCCGAGAAUUACUUUGCGUGCACCGCCCAAGCCGGUUCCGAAAACGCCAAGUCCAUGUUCACCAUCUCUGCCAAUUCGAACGAGCUGGUGGCCCAAAUCAAGGAGACGUACCGCCAAAUCCAGGUGUGGCAAUACGAUUGCACCAACAAGACGCAGCGCGAAUAUGCCGAGAACUCUUCUGCCGUCUACGAGGAUAUGAGCGCCUGCAUGUCCGGAGCUGAUAUUCCAACGACGGGACCAAGCACAUCCGCUUCUCCCACAGACUCAACAGAGAGUUCUACAGAGUCGUCAACAGAGAGUUCUACAGAGUCGUCAACAGAGAGUUCUACAGAGUCGUCAACAGAGAGUUCCACUGAGUCGUCAACAGAGAGUUCUACAGUUACCACUUCCACCACCGAAGGCAACAAGGAGUCGCCGCCUGAAGAGGAUUUGAAUCAUCUGAUCAGCAAGAUUGAGAGCAACGGAAACAGAGACGUGAAACAGAUUUUGAAGAAUAUUCAGAAGUGGCUCAAGCAAAACUAA